AUGCUCGAGUCAUCUUCACCAACAUUGACAUGGACCAACGUCCUGAUCGGACUCCUAUUCAUCCUAUUCGAUUCCCUUCUGUCCCUAGUGUUGGGCUUGGGAAUAGGGGGUUCCCUUAUGGUGGCCGCCGGAAGAUGCGUCUUGCAGUUGAGCGUGAUGGGUCUGAUAUUGGAUAAAGUGUUUGCUAGUAACAACAUAUGGGGGGUGUUUGGUAUUGCAGCUCUACUAAAUGUCUUGGGCGCCUUUGAAGCUACUUAUAACAAAUCGAAGAGAAGGUUCAGUAAUAUGUUCCCCCUAAUCCUCGCGUCAAUGUUAAGUGGUACCGUACCAAUCUCAGUGAUAGGAACGAGAUUCGCAAUGUCCCAAAAUCCAUUCUGGAAACCUGAUCAAUAUGUACCUAUAAUAGGUAUGAUAUUAGGAAAUGCUAUAUCGGCAAUUGGGAUCGCUCUUAAUACGGUCCACAAAGAGUUCUCAGAGAACAAGGAUAAAGUAGAGACUUACCUUGCCUUCGGAGCAAGUAGGUUCGAAGCUUGUAAACCUGUUGGAAAAGAGGCCUUGAAGUUGGCUUUGUUACCAACUGUCAACCAGAUGAGUGUCAUUGGUCUGAUUUCGAUUCCGGGUAUGAUGACUGGCGCCAUAGUAGGCGGUAAGAGUGUUGAACAAGCAGCUCGUUUACAGAUGAUUAUCAUGUUCAUGAUAUCAGCCUCAUCAGCAUUAUGUACUCUCCUCGCCCUGUUCUUCUCUCUCACCACAUUAGUCGAUUCCCGAUGUCGAAUCCGACCUGAUCGUCUGGACUCUCGUAAACCCAUCUUCUACCGAUAUAGGGAUCUGGCAGGGGAGAAAAUCUGGAAAGGAUUGAAGGGGCUGAAGUGCUGGGGAAGGAAGGAGAGUGGAACGGAGGAGGAGAGAAGGGGUCUAUUGAAUGGCGGACACGAAUGA